UCGCUUUAAUUUAACACUAAAUUUAUUAACUAGCAUGUUUGUCUUCGGUGGAUGGGUUCCAUUGGUCAUGGAAGAAAUUAAAAUGACAGCCCAGGAAAAAGAAUGGAAAUGUACAAAUACUUUAGCUAGUCUUAAUCUUGACACAAUGGCAUGGGAACCAUUAACAAUGGAAGUUACUGAUGAAUGCCUACUGCCUCGAGCUCGUGCUGGACAUUGUGCUGUAGCUGUUCAUAGUCGUUUAUACAUUUGGUCCGGUCGUGAUGGUUAUAGAAAAGCAUGGAAUAAUCAAGUUUGUUUUAAAGAUUUAUGGUUUCUGGAAACUGAUCGUCCUGCGGCUCCGACACGAGUUCAAUUAGUACGUGCUGGUACACAAAGUCUUGAAGUCACAUGGGGUUCAGUUCCUACUGCAGAUGCUUAUAUUUUACAAAUUCAAAAAUAUGAUGUUUCUCCUUCUACAACUUCAACAACACAUUCCUUAACAUCUUCACCAGUAGAUACAAGUGGAAUUGUUAAAGCUCCAAUCACUGUAUCUGCUGGUUCAUUGAAUUUUUCCAGAGCUGGUACUAUUUCACAACCUCUCAUUACCACUCCAGCUACAGCUAAUUCUGUUCCAAUACCAGCGCCUAUUCGAUUACCUACUACUACUGUUGCUGCUGCUGCCGCUGCCGCUGUUGGUUCAGUGUUAUCAAACUCAUGCGUUACUAUGCCUGGUCACAGAGGACCGACUGUAGUUACACCGACAGGUUUAAAAAUUACACCUGUACCAGGUAGUGCAGUUACUGGACGAACAGCAGCUAUUGCAACUGUAGCACAACAUCCUACUGGAGUUAAUCCAUGUGGUCCAACGAUUAUUCGAAGUUCAUGUCCUCCAAUUGCUCCAAAGCAACAUCUGAUUACUGUUGGUGGCAAACAAAUGGUUUCUGCAGUUUCUGUUGCAAAUAAUUCCUCCGGUGGUGGUGUAGUUACUUCUAAUCCAAGUCAAGUAGUACACAUUGUAAACAAAUCAACUGGUUUAAUUAAACCAAUUAAACUAGUUUCUACUACAACUCCAUCGUCAACAGCUUCUAAAACGAUUACUGUACAACAAACGUCAGUUGGAGCAACUACUGGCGGUUCAGGUGUACCCAAAGUAAUCAAGGCAAUACCGGCCACAAUGCUUCAAAUGUCUGCAUCUGGUAAGCCUAUUUUAAUCGCCGGUGGUAGUGUAUGCCGUCCAGGUCAGACAACGGUUCAAGUAUCUGGUUCUGUACAUAGGCCAGCUGGACAACAAAUAGUUAUCAUGAGUCCAACAAUAUCUUCCACAGGUACCAUACCAGCAUCAUCGAAUUUGUAUUUAUCUUCCGGAGGUGGUACCACCACUGGUCAAAUAAUAAGACAAGCAAAUCAACCACAAGUGACCUUAGUUCGACGAGAUCCAUAUGACACAACACAUGGUGUUGGCGGUGUUGGUGGUAAUGCGAACGAUCCUAGUAGUAAUAAUACUAAUACUCAUACAACACCAUCAAUUCUUCAAACUAUUCCACAAUUGGACGGUACAGUUGAUAAUGAUGAAGGCGAUGGUGAUGAUGAUGAUGCUGUUGUUGAUGAUGAGGGUGAUGGUGUUACCACUGAGAAUGAUACAACAUCCACUACAAUUCCAGAGUCGAAUUUAGUCGAAGAGAAGAAGUUAAAAGGACAUGGGGAUAGUGACAGUCAACAUUCGCCAACUUAUACAACAACAACAACAACAACAGAUGAAAAUGCCGAUUUGCAUAGUUCGUUAGCUGCAGAAGCUGCUGCUGAACUACUGGCAGAUAUUGGUGAAGACAAUAAUACAUCCGGUUAUUCAAAUCAAAAUUCAACAAACAUUUCCAAAGAAACUGAUCAAGCAAUUAAAAAUUUAGUUGAUGAUGAUAUCAAGCCUAAUGUAUCAGGCGUAAAUGUUUCAUCCAAUAAUCAUCAUGAAAAGAAUUCCCAUGGAGAUUCAAGAUCUUAUGAAGAUUCUAUACAUGUGAAAGAUGAAAAAGAAGCAAAUGGUAAUUCUCUUACGGAUCCUUUAGAAACAUUAGCUUUAGUUGCCGCUCGUCGAAGUGGAACUAAUGAUGAUCGUGAAAAUGAUCCAAUCACAUCACAUGCCACAAUUUAUUCCAAUCCAAAUACAGCUCGUUUAGUUGCUGUUUCCGCCCCACUAUCUCGUUUAUCUCCAUUAUUAUCUACAACAUUAGGAGGUGGACAAGUUUCUCGUUCAAUGACGACGACGACAGGUUUAGUUACGAAUUCUCAAUCGGUCAUCACCUCAUCAUCAGCAUCACCAUCUACGAAUUGUUCUUCAUUGAUCAAUUCUUCAUCGAAUGUAACAACAACACCUGGUACAUUGAUUAGUCGAGGUGAUAAUUCUUGGCAUGAUGUUGGUGUUAUUAAAUCGACAAAUUACACUGUAACCAUGUAUUCUGCUUGUACCAAUGAUGCUGGUGUACAUAUGGAAGUUGGUUCUACACCAUCUGGUAUGGCAUUUGUUCGUGUGUAUUGUGGCCAGUCACCGUCAGCAACUGUAACUUCUGCAACAUUGGCUACUGCUCAUUUAGAUCUGAGUUCAAAACCUGCUGUAAUCUUUCGUAUUGCUGCUCGUAAUGAAAAAGGCUAUGGACCAGCUACACAAGUUCGUUGGCUACAAGAUGUGUCUAGUACACCUACCUCUGUGGCCGGCGGUAUCAACGCACAACCUAUCAAUGUUCAAGCAACAAGUGCCUCACAACAAAUUCCUAAGCGUGCUCUUAGUUUAGGAACAUCACAAGAAGGAGCUUUUACAACACCAGUCAAACGUUUAAAAUCCGAUGUAGAUCAGUUGUAGAUUUUCAUCAUGGACACUUUUUUUUUGCCCACAUCCCUUGUUCCUUCCGUCAAAAAAAUCAACACACAACUGCUGCACAUUCCUUCUGCCUUCCUACCUUUUUAUGCAUUCAUUCAUUCAUUAUCCAUGUGAAACUGGUGGUGCAAGUACAAGUACAGUUUUUUUUUCAAUAAUUAUUAUUAAUAAUAUUAAUUAUCAUUCAUUCAUCCAAGUUUAUUCAAAUACAACUCCUACUACUAUUAUUCCUCCAAUCGUUGCAUUUCUAAGAUUGUCUCUUAUCAUUAUAUUUGUAUUUCUCUAUUUUGUGUGUGUGUGUUAUCGUUCCUCCACAAAGCACAGCAACAACAACAACAGCACACACACACACGCGUGGAAAUUCCUCUUC